AGAAGGCACCGCGGGGGCUUGCCGGCUGUGGGACAGAGACUUGGCACGGGGUCCCUGGCUUCUGCACCCUGAUAGCUCCGAGCCAGAGGGUGCAGCUGCUGGGUGGGGGAAGAAGGAGCUGAGUUACCUGAGCCGGGGACAGCAGCGGGUAGGAGAGGACCACAACCCAGAUCCCUCCUGGGGCUACCCACGCAGGGGGAGCAUCCAGGCCUUGACCUCAGCUGACCCUGAUAGCCUAGAUGGGGUGCAAGGUCUAAUUUUAGCUAGAGUUCCAGGGCCCAAGUCCAGGAGUAGCCAGGGGACACCAGGGCUGCUCAGGGGUAGCUCAGGCAGGGGACAGACUGGGGAGACCAGACCUGCUUCCUUCCAGCCUUGCACCCUGGCCAAGCCCUGAUGAGUCCCCCAUGGCCUGGCACACGACCCUCCCUUCUGUUGAGGGGAAAGUCAGGAGGUGCAGCCAGGAGGGCAGAAGGACACGGCCUUGCAGUCCUGACAGGGGUUGCAUCAGCCUGAGAGGGCCCCAGAAGCAGAGCCCCUGCUGAGAGCAAAGGUUGACUUGUCCAAAGGCCGAGGAAGCAGAGUCCGGACCACAGGAGGACAAGGCCAGAAAGCUGGGUCUCCCGACCUCCUCGUGCCUGACCGGCUUGACCUGACACCGGCAGCCCGCUCUCCCCGGCCUCAGCCGUCCUAUCUGUACAAUGAGGACACUGAACUAGAAGGUCCAGUGCAGCUCUGGCAACCCACCCCCAGACCCCCCACUCUUCUGGCUUUCCCCAGGCCUGGCUGCAAGUGGCCACAUGCAGUUGUGCAGAAGAAAGUCCCUCUGGCUGGCACUGUUGGCCUCCUGGCUCCUUGUCCUCCUGAGAGUCCUGCCACUCCUUCUUCACCUGGCAGUGCCUGCCAGACCUCGGCCAGAGGCCCCGGAAGGCUGGCCCCACUGGUUGGAUGCUGAGUUCCUACAGAGCUUCUCCAAGCCUGGGGAGCUCCUGGAAGAUGCCCCUCGACCGCCUCUGGCCCCCCACAGUGGCAGCUGUGACUGGGGAGCUUGCUUUGACUCUUCCAAGUGCAGGGGCGGUGGCCUCAAGGUAUUCGCUUACCCGGCGACUGGACAGAGCUCGGAGACUCACCGCAGGAUCCUGGCUUCCAUCGAGGGCUCCCGAUACCAUACAUUCAGCCCUGCCGAGGCCUGCCUCUUCCUCCUCCUCAGUCUGGACACCCCGGCUGGAGAUUGCAGCCUGGUGCCCCCCCAGUGGAAUGGGGGCAGGAACCAUCUGGUCCUCAGUCUCCAGUCAGCCCCCUGUUCCCAGACCUUCCGGCUGGGACAGGCAAUGGUGGCCGAGGCCAGCCCGGCAAUGGACAUAUUCCGGCCCGGCUUCGACGUGGCCCUCCCGCUUCUCCCUGCAGCCCACCCGUGGCGAGGCAGGGCUCCUGGCCAGCUGCGACAGCACAGCCCCCAGCCCGGGGUGGCCCUGCUAGCCCUGGCAGAAGAGAGGGGCGGGUGGCGUGUGGCAGGCAGCGACUCUGCCUGCCCCUGGGAUGGGCGCUGUGAACGGAACCCUGGAUCUGAGCAGACCCAGCCUGGGGCAACGCUGCCCAAUGCCACCUUUUGCCUCAUCCCUGGCCACCGUCCUGAUGCCUCGCGCUUCUUCCAAGCCCUGAAGGCUGGCUGCAUCCCUGUGCUGCUCAGCCCUCGCUGGGUGCUGCCCUUCUCCGAGGUCAUUGAUUGGACUAAGGCGGCCAUCGUAGCUGACGAGAGGCUCCCACUUCAGGUCCUGGCUGCCCUCCAGGAGAUGCCCCCCGCACGAGUCCUUGCCUUGCGUCAGCAGACCCAGUUUCUAUGGGAUGCCUACUUCUCCUCAGUGGAGAAGGUCAUCUAUACCACUCUGGAGGUUAUUCAGAACCGGGUCUUUGGAGCUACUGCUCACGCAUCGCUGCUGUGGAACACCCCCCCUGGGGCACUCCUGGCCCUGCCCACUUUUUCUACAAGCCCCUCAGACUUCCCCUUCUACUACCGACAACACGGCUCUCACCCUGGAGGCAGGUUCAGCGCCCUGAUCUGGGUGGGGGCCCUAAGCCAGCCCCCGCUGAAGCUCAUCCAGGCGGUGGCAGGCUCCCAACACUGUGCCCAGAUCUUGGUUCUCUGGGGCAGCGAGAGCCUACCCCCACCCAGGUGGCCCAAGACAUCAGUGCCCUUGACAGUCAUUGAUGCUCACAGGAAGGCCAGCAACCGCUUCUUCCCCUACAGUGCCAUCAGCACCAACGCCAUCCUCAGCCUCGAUGCCCACAGCAGUCUUUCCACAAGUGAGGUGGACUUCGCUUUUGUGGUGUGGCAGAGCUUCCCGGAGCGGAUGGUGGGCUUUCUGACCUGGAGCCACUUCUGGGACGAGGCUCGGGAUGGCUGGGCCUACACUGCAGAGAAGACCAACGAGUUCUCCAUGGUGCUCACCUCAGCUGCCUUCUACCAUCGGUAUUACCACACCCUCUUCACCCACUCCCUGCCCAAGGCUCUGAGGACCCUGGCGGAUGAGGUGCCCUUCUGCGUGGACGUCGUGAUGAACUGCCUCGUAGCAGCGGUCACCAAGCUGCCACCUAUCAAGGUGCCCUAUGGGAAGCAGCACCAGGAGGCCAGACCCCUAGCGGCGCCCGGCGACGCAGAGCCCUGGCGGGAGCCGCAGCCCGCCGCCCACGACUGCAUCAACCGCACGGCGGCAGCGUUCGGCUACAUGCCCCUGGUGUCCUCGCGCCUGCGCCUGGACCCGGUGCUCUUCAAGGACCCGGUGUCGGUGCUGCGCAAGCGGUACCGCGGCCUGGAGAGGCCCUAG